UUCCCUCACCACGCCCCUUUUUAUUUUUGCCAACGCCUGGUAAUUGGGGUUAGGUUGCGCCUAGAAGGGGGUUUCUUGUAGGUUCAGUCGCUGGGUUUUCUCGUCCUUCCUUCUCUUUUCUCCGCCGGCUGCGGCUUCACACGGUGAGGAGCGCCAGGUUUGGCUGCCUGUUCCAGCUUCAGGUCUACCUAGAACUCCUCACUUGACCCCCCCACCUCCCCUUUUGGAACUUUCCUUUCCUACGGGUUGUUUUACUCUCCUCUGUACCAAAUCUCACUUAAGCCAUGGGAGAAAGAAACGUGCUGAUCCAGAAAGCCAAGCUGGCAGAACAAGCAGAGCGCUAUGAUGAUAUGGCGGCUAACAUGAAGGCCGUGACGGAAUGUGGGGACGAGCUGUCCAACGAAGAAAGGAAUCUUCUUUCUGUGGCUUACAAGAACGUGGUUGGCGCACGGAGGUCCGCUUGGAGGGUCAUUUCCAGCAUCGAGUCAAAGACAGAACCUGUUGAGAAGAUGCAGUUAGUCAAGGAGUACAGGGAGAAAAUAGAGGGUGAACUUAAAUCUAUAUGCGAUACAGUGUUGACCCUGCUUGAUAAAUUCCUUAUCACUAAAUCCACCCAGCCAGAGAGCCAGGUCUUCUACCUGAAGAUGAAGGGAGACUACUACCGAUACCUGGCAGAGGUGGCCACUGCAGAGGAGAGAGCCCGUACAAUACAAGACUCACAAGAAGCUUAUCAAGAAGCGUUUAACAUCAGCAAACAGAAAAUGCAACCAACACAUCCCAUCCGCCUGGGCUUGGCCCUGAACUUCUCUGUAUUCUUCUAUGAAAUUCUUAAUAGUCCAGAAAAGGCCUGCCAACUGGCAAAGACUGCAUUUGAUGAAGCCAUUGCAGAACUUGACACCCUCAAUGAAGACUCUUACAAAGACAGCACACUUAUCAUGCAGCUGCUUAGAGACAACCUAACAUUAUGGACAUCUGAUGCCGCAGGCGAUGAGGCCGAUGCUGGAGAACCCGCAGCAGACAACAACUAACUUGUCCUGCCAUCUGUCCCUAAGUUACCCUUUUUACACAUCUCCAUUCCUAAUCGCUCCACAUGGAUUUCCUUUAUAGCAAAGAAAGUCCAUCCAUGUGUAACGGAAAUAAAAAUUUAUAGUCUCUUCACACUGCAGCUUCCGGAGAACCCCAUUCCUUUUUUAUUUUAUUUUUUUAUUUUUUUUUGGGUGUGCGGUUACUGCUGUAGAGAAGUAUUAACGGUUUCACUUCAUGGUAAAAAAAAUAAAUAAAAUAAAAAAUAUAAAAAAAAUGUGGAAAUGCACAUAACUACCAGACACUUAUGGCAAGGACUCUAAGCCUUUCUAAUAUUUAAAUAAAACAAAAAGAAAAAAUUGGAACCAUCAGUUUCUGCAACUGACUUUGUGUAUUAUAAUGUAAAAUGUAAGAAAUGUACUUAACUACUGCAGCCAAACCCAAUUGUUAUGAAUAAAUAUAAUUUUUUCCCUUUUUGGUAUCACUUUUUUGGGCGGGUUAUUUUGGUCCGUAAAAUGUUAUUUUUUAUCUUGCCCAUUCUCCCUUUAUUAAAAGCCGAAUUUAUUUGCUACUGCCUGGGUGUAACUUUUUGUUUUCUGCCCAUAAAACAUUAAAGGUCUUGUCCACACUGUGCAGUUUUAAAUUGCUUUAAAAAAAAAAAAAAAAAAAAAAAAUUUCCGCAAAAAAAAAAAAGCCAGACACAACAGAGGCUUUGGACUUGGAUUCUCAUUUCCAAUUACUUAGAAUUUUAUUUUUAUUUUUUUUGCUGCUGUUCAGUUGAAAAACCUGCCUACUCCAAUAAACAUUCAUUACACUCC